AUGAACUAUCGAUAUGAAACAAUUUCUAACAAUGUGUCGUGUCUGUUGUCACGGAACAGAGCAUGCCAAACCCGCCGCGGCAAGGGUCUCGGCGGUAGCACCAGCAUCAACUUUAUGAUGUACAUCCGCGGUAAUCGACGCGACUUCGAUGAGCUGAACAUCACGGGCUGGUCCUGGAAACAUAUGGAGCCUUAUUUUUUACGUUACGAAGGCUUGCAAGAUUUGGAUCUUCUGCCCCCAUCUUCCAAACCAUAUCAUAAUACCACAGGUACUAUGAAGAUAGGAUUCUUCGAAGACUCUAAAAAUCCGUGGCAUUCGAGAAUCAUUGAUGGGUACGAAGCUCUCAAUAUCCCUCGUAAUCCUGAUGUUAACGGGGUAUCUCAAGUUGGAGCUUCUCGAAUUAUUGGAUAUACAUAUAAAAAUAAGCGCAUGAGUACUGCACGAGGAUAUCUCGGAAGAGAUGAUGUAAAGAGGAAACUAAAAGUGGCCAAGUACACCAGGUGCACAGGAGUUAUCAUAGACGAUGACAAUGUGGCUCGUGGCAUUACAGUCGUUCAUGGAUCUUCUAAUGCUACAUUACGACUAUAUGCGUCGCAAGAAGUUAUAUUGAGCGCGGGGGCUCUCGUCACUCCACAACUACUUAUGUUGUCGGGCAUUGGUCCUGCUAAUCAUUUAAAUGAAAUGGGUAUUCCAGUUCGCGUAGAUCUGCCAGUAGGCAACUAUAUGAAAGAUCAAUCGAUGGUGUCAAUUUUUAUCAAAGUGGCGUUAAAUAGCUCUGAAUCGGGUAUGUUGGUAUCUCCAAGUGGUUCCAUCGGCAUCACUGAUAUAGCUACUUUUGUAAACACAUUGUGUUAUGAUUUUGUUAAUCGACAACUUACGAGAAACAGUACGGAGUGUGAGUUGCCAACAACACAGUUCUAUCAUUUGUAUACAGGUAGUGGUACGCCUAUAGUCAAAGGAGUCAUCUUCAGAUAUCUGGGAUUGGGUGACUCUAUAGUUAAUCAAUUAACUGAGGUUAUUAAAAAUUAUUCUCUUAUAACGAUGGCGACAGUACCAUUGCAGCCGAAGUCUAGCGGAACGAUUCGUUUGGCAAGCGUGGAUCCGCUUCAAGCACCUGCCAUUUUCCCUAAUUAUCUGUCUGAUGAUCGUGACUUGGAUGAGAUGGUGCGCGGCAUUCGGAUUAUUGAGCAGUUGAUAGAGACGCCGGUGUUCAAGGCUGCGGGCGCGUCGCUGGUGCGAUUGGAACUGAAGGACUGCCUUAGCGGCGGCCAGCAGCAGGAUUCAGACGAGUACUGGCGCUGUUACGCGCGCCAUUUGACAGCCACCACAUACAACACAGUGGGCACGAGCGCGCUGGGCCGCGUGCUGGACGCACGGCUGCGCGUGCGCGGGGUGGCGCGACUGCGCGUGGCCGAUGCGAGCGCACUGCCGCGGCUGCCGCGCGGCAUCGUCGCCGCCGCUGUCAUCGCGUUUGGCGAGAGGCUCGCAGACUUCCUUCUAGAGGAUAAUAUUAACUGA